UCUGUCUGACCCCCUGCUUUCACACCCACCCCAGGGCUGUGGGUGAUUAGUUUGGGGUUAGUGGCUGAUCUCAACUCAAGUCAGAUUUAUUUAGCAUUUACACAGUAUGUCAAGACAAGGAACCAUGCUGAAAAAAAACCAAUAGAAACCCUCAUAGAAUUUGUAAUGGUUUUAAUGGGAAUUGUAUUGGUUUGAAUGGUUAUAAUGGGAAUUGUGUUGGUUUGAAUGGAAGCUGUAAUGGUCCCUGUGGGUCUCUACUGGUAAUUUAUUGUCUUCUAUCGGUGGCAUGUUAUGUCUAGUGGAUACCAUUAAGGACCGGUAAUGGUUUUAAUGGUUAGGUGAUGGUUUGUAAUGGUAUUUGUAGCCACGCAAAUAUCUGUGAUGGUUUCUAUUGUGUUUUUUUUUUUCCAGCAGGGAAAGCUUAAGGCGAGGCUCAGGUAAAUGAACGCAUGUAUACAACAACUUUAACAACUUAUCUGAAACAAGUAUGAUUAAAAUAGAAUAGAAGAGGUGCAAUGAGAAUAAAAGAUGCAAUGUAAGUAAGUAACAAAUAUGAGUAGUGUAAAAAUGACAAAAUAUGGACAAAUGUUUGAGGACACCUGACCAUCACACUCGUAUGUGCUUUUUAAAAUAAAAAAAAAAAAAAAUAAUAAUAAUAACCUCUACUCCUCCUGGGAAAGCUUUCUAUCAGAUUUUGGGGCAUGGCUGUGGGGAUUUGUGAUCAUUCAGCCACAAGAGCCUUCAUGAGGUCAGGUGAGGAGGUCUGGAGUGCAGUCGGUGUUCCAAGUCAUCCCAAAGGUGUUCAGUGUGGUUGAGGUCAGGGAUCUGUGCAGGGCACUCGAGUUCUUCCAGUCCAACUUUGACAAACCAUGUAGACUCUACCAUAGUAGACUUUCAAUCCUUAUCAGUGACCAGAAAAAGGAUUUUCAUUUAAAAUGGACUUCCUACACUUUGAAACGUGUAAGGUGAUACGUUUAUGGCAGUGUGGUCACUGUUUACAUCAUCACCACAUGCUUAUGCUCCUCUUAAUCCCAGUGUUGGCUAAUUACUCAAAAGUGAUUAACCUCUGAUUCAAAUUCUAGCAAUAACUUCUAGCCUUACCUAUACAAUUAUGUCCAGACUCUCAUGUUUUGUUUUCACUAAAACAAUUUAGCAAAGCAAUUAGUCAAGCAGUUUCUUCCUAUUAAGUGCCAACAAUACUUGAUUACACUUCUGGAUGUUUUGGACAUCUGUCUGUAAUUUAAUGAGGCUGUUUGAUUAUUUGAACAUUACUCCAGCUUAUAAGAUCUAAGUUUAUAUGACGGACUGUAAGUUUACUUAAAAAGACAGACGUCAGAGAACCAGUCUGGUAAAUCUCAGCAGCAGUUUAAACUCUCAGGUGGACUGGCUAUGCGAAGUUUUCAAUGUUCUUAUUGGCUAGUUCAAAUUAGAGUUUCAAGAUAAGGUGGACCAAACUAGAGCAAUUUAAAUAUGUUAUUCUUUGUAUUUACAACAAAAUUUUUAAAAACAACAAAAUUCUUUUUUUUUUUUUUGGUUUUAUUUGACGCCAGUCACCUUUAUGUCUUCUGAGUAACGUUUCUCAAAGUCAGAAGAACACGCGAACAGAACAGACGUUGAAAGGAGGACUGGGCGAUAUGAUAUGAUAGACAUAUACAAGAUGUUUUCUAACUUCCAUCCAUCCAUCCAUCUUCUAUACCGCUUAUCGUUUUCAGGGUCACAGGGAACCUGGAGCCUAUCCCAGGGAGCAUGGGGCACAAGGCGGGGUACACCAUGGACAGGGUGCCAAUCCGUCGCAGGGCACAAUCUCAUACACACUCACACACCCAUUCAUACCCUACGGACACUUUGGACACGCCAAUCAGCCUACCAUGCAUGUCUUUGGACUGGGGGAGGAAACCGGAGUACCCGGAGGAAACCCCCGCAGCACGGGGAGAACAUGCAAACUCCACACACACAGGGCCACGGUGGGAAUCGAACCCCCGACCCUGGAGGUGUGAGGCGAACGUGCUAACCACUAAGCCACUAAAUGAUUCCGAUCCUGACAAUAACCUGCGAGUGGGCCUUGCCCUAGUUGUCUCCUUUUUCCUUGUUAUCAGUGUCCUGGCUUUCCCCAACGGUCCGUUUACCAGGCCGCACCCAGCAAUAUGGCGCAUGGUUUUCGGUCUCAGUGUUCUCUACUUCCUUUUUUUGGUGUUCCUCAUCUUCCUGAACUGGGACCAGGUGAAGCUCUUGAUGUACUGGCUGGACCCCAACCUGCGUUAUGCGACACGUGAGGCAGAUGUUAUGGAGUAUGCAGUGAAUUGUCACAUGAUCACAUGGGAGCGCAUCCUGAGUCACUUUGACAUUUUUGCCUUUGGCCACUUCUGGGGCUGGGCCAUGAAAGCUCUGCUCAUCCGCAGCUACGGACUCUGCUGGACCAUCAGCAUCACGUGGGAGCUCACAGAGUUAUUUUUCAUGCACUUACUGCCCAACUUUGCUGAGUGCUGGUGGGACCAGGUCAUUCUUGACAUCCUGUUGUGUAAUGGAGGCGGUAUCUGGCUAGGCAUGACCGUGUGCCACUUUCUGGAGAUGCGCACUUACCGCUGGGCCAGUAUCAAGGAUAUUCACAGUGCUACAGGGAAGCUGAAACGUGCUGUGCUGCAGUUUACUCCAGCCAGCUGGACCUAUGUGCGCUGGUUUGACCCCAAAUCUUCCUUCCAGAGAGUGGCAGGGAUUUAUCUCUUCAUGAUCAUCUGGCAGCUCACAGAACUGAACACAUUCUUCCUGAAGCACAUCUUCGUGUUCCAGGCAUCUCAUCCCCUGAGCUGGUGUCGAAUCCUCUUCGUUGGGAUCAUCACUGCCCCCACUGUGCGGCAGUACUAUGCUUACCUUACAGACACUCAGUGUAAAAGAGUCGGAACUCAGUGUUGGGUGUUUGGGGCCAUUGCCUUCCUGGAAGCGCUGGCAUGUGUUAAGUUUGGCCAGGACUUGUUCUCCAAAACACAGGUCAUGUAUGUGAUCCUGUGGCUUGUGUGUGUGGCCUUCAUUACCUCUCUCUGCCUAUAUGGGAUGGUGUGGCAUGAGCAGAAAUAUGGUGGGAGACUGAAGUUGCAGAGCAUGUCCGAUUGUGACGAUAGCAGUUUCAUUGACUCCAGUGGUUACACUCCCGACACCAUUAAAGGUGAAAGAGACUCCAGCAACUCCCAGCUGUUACACCAGAGAAAAGGAGGACCGGUGAAGAACAAAGCAACAAAUGGAACGAACAACAAACAGUAGCUACGUUGAAGGAGGCGUGUCCGCUCAACACACGGACCUUACAUGGUAAAGGGUUUACAUAGACAUGAAUCAAAGGACGAGGAGUGAGAGCAGUUCCACAAUCUACUGCUCGACACAAGUCUUUAUCACCAAGGCACUAGUCGAGGAAAAACAACAGGUGUUUUUCAAAUUAAACUCCGUGUAAAAGCCCAUUUGGAAAGAAUUGUUUGAGAGUAAAACAAAAAAAACGAUUUCCUGGAUCACUUUUGCAGUAUUUAGAAACAGGAUUGUUCUGUUUCCCUAUUAUUGCACUAAUUCUGAUUCAUUUUAGUUGAUUUCUCUUCAUCACUGUUAAUAAUGGGACAGUUUUGUAGUUUCCUUACAAAUGAGGAAAAUGCAAAUGAAUAUAUUUGGUCAUAUCCACGUAGUCCUCACUUGUAAAUAUAUUGAAACACAUAUCCAACUGAUAUUUUUUACUUUAAAACAUUAAGCUUUCAAAUUACAUAUAUUUUGGAAGCACUUCACAAAUACAGGAAAAAGUAUAUAGCUUGAUGUGAAAAUAUGAUUUACACAAAACUGUACUUUUUAUUUUUAUAAAAGUUAAACUCUUUCAUAUACUGGCCAAAUAUAAUAACUAUAAUGAAGUAUAAGUAUAGUCCAAUCAAUCGCAGCAAAAAACACAAUGAUGAUUCUUUAACCAUUUAAAAAAAAAUCUGUGCCAAAUUCAAUUCCAGUCUUUUAGAUUUGUUAUAAGAUUGGACUGAAUUCAUGAUCCAGCGGUUUUUUUGUUUUUUUUGGAAUCGGCCCAAUACUAAUUCUCUGCAUCGGAUUGGUGCCAUCUCUAGUAAUAAUAUAACCUUACAGCCUUGUCAUGCCUUGUUUCUGUUUCUAUUAACUAUAGUAGUUUAGAGCUGGGGUUCUCAAACUUUUUGCAUCCAGAGAAUCCUUUACCCAUUUCAAAAGAAAGAAAAACUCUGCACACACGUUUAAUUUCCGAACAUAAUCCGACAAUCUCAAAUAUUAGGCUCAUUAUUUGAAUGCAUCCAGUAAUAUUUUGGUUAUUUAUUGGAGCUAUAGACCUUGGAGUUUGGAUUAUAGUAUAAUGUAGUAUAAUAUAAUAACUUUAAGAAUGAUGGGUUGUAAUUUUCACCACUGUGACAAAGGUAAAAAGGUAAAAAAAAACCCUGCACCCUACUUUUAGAAUUAUGGGUUUAGGGCUUUUCUUCAGCACACAUGCAACUGUGGUGAUGCCACUUGAAGAAAUAUGAUGCAAGCGGUGUGUGUGUGUGUGUGUGUGUGUGUGUGUGUGUG